UAUUUUGUGACACAACACUACGAAUCUAUUUCUGUCGUGUGACGUAAAAAGGAGUACACGUCAAUAUUGUGAUUUAAAUAGUGAUUAAAGUCCUAUAAAACAUUGUCAUUACUCUAUAAUAACUAUAUUUGUGUUUAUAAAAUAAAUUGAACGCUUUUAACUUACCAAAAUGCUUUAUCUCGAAGAUUAUUUGGAAAUGAUUGAACAUCUACCGCAAGAGCUGAGAGACAGAUUCACAGAAAUGCGUGAGAUGGAUUUAUCUGUGCAAAAUAACAUGGAUACAUUGGAGAAAAGAGUACGCACCCUAUUUGGUGGAUGUAGGCGUGGAGAGGUCAACACCGAGCAAGCGAACACUGAAUUUGCAGAUAUCAAGCGUGGCUAUAAUAAGACUUUGGAAGAAGCGGAUGAAAAGACUGCUCUGGCUAACCAAAUGUAUGAUUUGGUUGAUAGAUAUUUGAGGAGAUUGGAUACUGAAUUGCAUAAGUUUAAAUGUGAACUGGAAGCUGACAAUAAAGGUAUAACUGAAUUGUUGGAGAAACGGUCUUUGGAUUUAGAUGUCAAUACAAACCACACUGGCACAUCUAAUAAUAACCACUAUAAGGAGAAUAGAUACCGCAUCAGGCCGGAGAAACGUCGCGAUAGUUGGGGCAAUCGUGACGCGCGCGGGCAUUCCUCUAGCAACCUGUCACGUGAUCCAGCUAUUCAAGCUGCUCUUGGUCGUGAUUCGUAUUCGCUGGGUCAGGCUGGAAGUGCCAUUGCUGCUGCAGCCAGUCAGGCUAUAGCGGCCACUCAGCAGAUGCAGCAUGGCCGCCGCACCGCUUCGCUAAAGGCGUCUUACGAGGCCGUCGCGGGCGGAGACCUCGCGCACCACGCGCUGCAACCACAUCACACCCAUCACGACCAUGGUCAUGGCAUAGCAGCCAGUCACAAUCAAAGCAACACUGUGCAUGGACACCACACCACAUCGCACAGCCAUAGUAGCACAUCCUCAUCAAAUAAACGAACCAAGCAGAAAAAGAACAGCUACAGUGCGUCGAGCGUGUCGGGACACACGCAGCAAGUGGCCGCGGUCGCCAGCCGCUCCUCGUCGCCUGCUGCUGUGGCUAUGAGCGUCGGCAAUGUGGCAAUUGAGGAACCGAUAGAGGAGGAAUGGACUUACGACCCGAAUGAACCUCGCUACUGCAUCUGCAAUCAAGUGUCAUACGGUGACAUGGUUGCCUGCGACAAUCAAGAUUGUCCAUAUGAGUGGUUCCAUUACCCGUGCGUGGGAAUCACCGCACCGCCGAAGGGCAAGUGGUAUUGCCCACAAUGCCAAUCAAACAUGCGCCGCAAUCGCGCGCACAGAAAAAAUUAAGCACUGGAAAAGUGCUAGCAAAUUGUAUUAUGUACCUUUUCAUUACUCAUUAUUAAAAUAAACAAUUUCGUCUCUCCAUGGAA